UACAGUUCCCGAACGCCGCAGAUAGAGCUCACCGCCACCCUCUUCCAUGGCUUCGCCACCACCUCCUCGCCUCCGCUUCCGCCGGUAGCCGGCCCCCUUUGCCCAUCGGAACUCGCGACCAGGCAACCGUCCACACUCUCAAUGGCAGCAGCGAGCGCGGCGGAGGCCACCUUUGUCUCCCCCUCCUCCUUCGGCCGCCGGAAUAUCGCAUCUUCCUCCUGUUCCUCUCUCCACCUGAGCCUCACAAUCCUGCCUCCCCGGUUCGCUCCUCUCGUCGCCCGCCCCACGAGGUUCUCUGCGGUGGCGGUGCCGUUGAAGCGCGUCGGAUGUGUACUUGCAGCUGCAUCGGCGACAGGGAGCCCUCAGUUCGGCAGUGGGGAGAAUGAUAACCUGUACGAGAUUUUGGGCAUCAGUCCGCUUGAUGGGUUCGACCAGGUGAAGAUGGCCUACAAAUGGCGUCGAAAGAACGCCGAGAACAGUGGCGAUGCUGCAUACUUGUUGAAGUUAGAGAGGGCUUAUGAUACGGUCAUGAUGGAACAGCUGCAAAACCGGAAGAAAGGUGUGGCAUAUGGAUCAGUCCAGGUGACAAAGGACAUCAAAUAUGCUGAUAAUCAACCAAUAGUUCCCUGGGGACCUAGAUACUCUAGAGCCACUGCAAAGGACGUACAGAUAAAUAUGGCAAUAUCAGCAACAUUUAUCACGUGCAUAUUGACCAUGGGCCAUGCAGACUGGAAACCCUUGCAGUUUUUGUGUUUUGCUUAUUUCUAUCGAAUACUUGAGAAACUGAAGUCUAGCGAGCCAGCAAUAACUCCUGUAUACAAUGAGUACGGUGAGGUUGAAGGCCGAGGUAUACAUAUGGCAAAGCGAGUGCUUCGUAGUUUGGGUUUGGUACUUGGAUCGAUAUUUGCUGCAUCCCUGGGUUAUACCGGACUGGCCAAUUUCUCCCAGUUUCUUGGUCACUAUAUUCCCUCUGUUGUUUGUAACUUCCAGGAGUUGAUUGUGACCACAGCUUCAUCUGUUCUGCUUUGCAUACUGGCUACGUACUACCGAUAGCGAUUGUGCUGGACUGCCCCCUUGUUUUGCAGUCCUGAUACAUUGCCACUCAAUCAUUUUCAUCUUCAUCUUCAUCACGCAACCAUCAUCAUCAU